AUGUUUGAUGAAGGGCGUUCUACCCUACUGCGACAUCUAUCUAUCAAACUGGUUUUGCAGAACGUUAUGAGACACACAUUUCUCUCUCUCUCUCUCUUUCUCUUUCUCUUUCUCUCUCUCUCUUUCUCUCUCUCUCUUUCUCUCUCUCUCUCUCUCUCUCUCUCUCUUUCUCUCUCUCUCUCUCUCUUCUCUAUCCGUUCAAUUUCUAUCUAUCUAUCAAUUUCUAUCUAUCUAUCUAUCUAUCUAUCUAUCUAUCUACCAAAAUUUAUUUAUACCUGCUCGUUCGCAUCUAUCUAUCUACCUAUCUAUCUAUCAAAAUUCGUUUAUACCUGCUCGUUCGCAUCUAUCUAUCUAUCUAUCUAUCUAUCUAUCUAUCUAUCUAUCUAUCUAUCUAUCUAUCUAUCUGUAUUUCUCACAAAUUACAAGAACUGGACUUAUACAUUUGAUCCCUGUAUGUCGUUUAACCUUCCUCAUAAUCCAGACGUCGGCUUUGGAGACAAAUGUCGCUAUGUGACCGUGUGCAAAUCAAAGUCGACGUUGAAGCGAUCCUAUUACUACUCUCUGGGUACCAUGGAGCAUUCGAAAAUUCACAAAAUUUACUUCCCGCAUUUAGGAGCCUACCAUCUGGGCAUAUCAUACCGGGGUAUGAAAUCUCAUCGUGAACUCUCGGUGCAUAUUGCACUUAUAUGUGACAACAAUUUUACCAAUCCAAUGGAUGCAGUCUUUAAAAUAACGCAAGAUGCACCGAAAAAAGAUACCUAUGGCGAAUUAAGGCAUAAGUGUGCGUGUGUCAACGGCUGCUUGGAGAAAAAGAUAAACAAGUCAGAAAACAGUCUGAAUGAGUUGACCCUCACUGUUCUAAUUCUGAUCGUUGUCGGUCUGUUAAUGAUCGCCAUGUUAACAGCAGGUCUUUGUUACAAGAAAACAACAUCAUUCAAACCUUAUCAGAAGAUCUCAGGACGAUCACACAAACCAGGCAGGCGCGUAGCUCAACUUGACUAUGAGCCUCGACAGACACAGUCAAAGAAAAAAGUUUUACCGGUUUUAGAUUGUUGCGUUAUACCGGCCAAUAAACUGCAUACGGGACAUAGGUUGGGCGGCGGAAUCUUUGCUGAUACCUACGUUGGUAAAUAUGGCGACUGGACGAUUUCGUUGAAACGCCUCACAUUGGUGAUCCACCAGAACCAGUUGACAGCUCCUGUCAUUGAAUGGAUGAAAAAGGAAGUCAGCUAUUUCAGCGUUCUCCUGUCAUUUAAUCAUGUUAUUUUUUUCCUUUUUUAUCUGCCUUCAUUCAUUCUUUUAUUCAAUCUCUUCUUCUUCCCUCACCUCCUCCUUUUUUCUUCUUCUUUGAUCCUUUUAUUUCCCCCCUUCAUUUUCCUCUUCCUCGAUCCUCUUAUCUUUCUUCUUCCUCAAUCCUUUUUCUUCCUCUUCCUUGAUCCUCUUCCUCGUCCCUCUUCUCUUUCCUCUUCCUCGUCCCUCUUCUCUUUCCUCUUUCUCGUCACUCUUCUCUUUCCUCUUCCUCGAUCCUCUUCUCUUUCCUCUUCCUCGUCCCUCUUUCUCGUCACUCUUCUCUUUCCUCUUUCUCGAUCCUCUUCUUUUCUCUUUUCCUUGAUCAUUUUCUCUUUCUUUUUCCUUGCUUUUGUCAUAUUCCUUCCUUUCUUUUUCUUUGCUUUUAUUUCUUUCUAUUAA